AUGUUCCACAGUUUCAGCAGCCACAAGAAAACCAGUCCUUCGCCUCCGGCUCCAGCCCGUCUUAACAAGUCGUGCUCCGAAUGCACGAGGCGGAAGGUCAAAUGUGAUGGUGGCCACCCAUGUAGCUCCUGCGCCUACUACAAGGUCUCUCACCUGUGUAGUUAUCGCCAGCGUAAUAAGAGGAAUGCCGUGAGCCGAAGUACUCUUGAAGAGGUUUCGGAGCGGCUGAGAUCGCGGACAGAGACCCUCGAGAGGCUCUUCCCCGGCAGAGCUGUAGAUGAUCUCGCCGGUAAGAGCCGUGAUGCGUUACUUGAUCUCCUCCGAGUCGACGUCACACCGGGGACAGCUGCUGGCGAAUCUGCCGGCAAUUCUGCUGGCGACCCUGACGUCGCAGACGACUCGGCUCAGGUGUCCGAGAAUGGCGAACCCGCCGCUGACCGGCAGUGGGACGAAUCGAGCCACCAGCCGCCGGUACUGCAGGUCGGCGACGACAUAAACGCGAUCAACCUGGCCACCGACCACCAUCGCCGGUCCUAUUUGGGCGUGACCUCGGUCAGCGCCAUUCUCCGAGCCAUAUUCCGCCUGUGCCCCUCAGCCAAGCAACGUGUCGCCGAGCAGGCUAAACAAUGGCCCGAGAUUCCCAGCCAGCCGCAGCCUCAGUCAUUCCUGAGCGGCGACAUGAGUGCCAACCUCUUGAAAGAACAACGUUGUAUCGACUUCUACUUCGAGCAUGUCCACCCGAUCGUUCCUAUGUUGGACGAGCAUGACUUCCGUACUGCGUAUUCGACGGGUGACCGAAGGGAUCCGGGUUGGCUAGGCCUAUUGAACAUGGUCAUCACCAUAGGUUCCAUAGCCUCUGGAAGCGAUACGCUGCACGAACAGUACUACGAGCAAGCCCGCACCUUUGUUGACCUCGACAGCUUCGGCGCGGGCAACCUAGAGAGCCUACAGGCUCUCUGUCUCCUCGGCGGACUGUACUUGCACUACCGCAACGCCCCGAAUAUGGCCUAUGCUGUGAUUGGCGCAGCACACCGCGUUGCUAUCGCGUUAGGGCUGCACAGGGAAUCGCGACGUCGGAAUAUGAAUGCCGCCGAGGCUCAGGCGGGGGCGACACUGAACCCAGUAAGCCGGGUCGAAAUCAGGCGUAGGACCUGGUGGGGUCUCUUCUGCUUCGACACCUGGGCUAGCAUGACCCUGGGCCGUCCGACGUGUGGGCGUUGGGAGGCUAGCACGAUGGAUACUACGCUUCCUAGUCUUGUUACUGAGGACGACCACGUGGCCAUAUCGCUACGCGCGAGCGCCCAGUUCUGCCUGAUCUGCAAUCGUAUUCAGCACCGGUUCGCGCAGUUCAACCGGUUGACGAUUCCCGAAGCCGUCGCCUUCGACCAGGAGCUCCAGGCGUGGUUCAACUCCCUGCCUCUUGUCCUCCGGUCACCGACGAACUCGCCGUCGCGGCUAACCAUCGCUCGUGAAUUCAUGAGAAACCGGUACUUAAACAUCCGACUGAUACUGAUGCGGUCCUUGAUACUCUAUCUCGCUCACGGCCGCAUCCAGAAAACGCAGCUUAGCGUCGAGGAGCGCCAGAUCAUCAACACGUGCCGAGUGGUGGCGAGCGAGGCCAUCGAUUCGAUCGCGCUGUACUGGACCCCGAACCGGAUCCACGUCUGGAACUCGGCCUGGUACCUCUUCCAGGCCUGCAUGAUCCCGCUGCUCUCCAUCGUGAUCGAGGGCUCGCGGCCCGACCCGAACGUCGACGCGGUCUCCUCGGCCCGCGCCAGUCUCGUCAAAGCCCUCGAGACUUGCUCUGAGAUGAGGCCCUGGAUGCGGGCCUCGGACAGGGGCCCGGACAUAGUUGCUGCGGUAUACGAAGCGAUAACCGGCGAAGCCGAAGCAGCCGGGCGAACUCCGUCCCAAGACGGAGAUUCGAAUUUCUUCGGAUGGUAUGAUGAACAGCUCACGUUUGGGACCGAGCUCGACUGGGGUUCUUUUUUAAUGGAUGAUGAUAUUCAGGGGACUUUGUUUACGACAACUCAGUAA